GUAAAAGAAAACAACAAUAAUUUAUUAUAAAGUAGCUUUAAGAUAUCGAUAAACCAAAAAUUUCUGUAACAUUAAGCAACAUUAAAUACUUUGAAGUGGCCCAGAUAUUUACCCGCAAUGUUUGUGACAUGUAAUUAAUUGUAAUAAUACUGAACGCAAAAGGAACGGAUUAAAUUACUCGAAGAUGAUCAACAUGAAUAGAAGUUCUCCAAACAUUUUAAUAACAGGUACACCUGGAGUAGGGAAAAGUUUAAUGUCUCGUAUUUUAGCCGAAAAAACAAAAUUAACCUGGAUUGAUGUUAGCAAAUUUGCUAUUGAAAAAGAAUGUUUAGAAGAAUAUGAUGAAAUAUAUCAGUGUCCUAUUUUAGAUGAAGAUAAGUUACUAGAUCAAAUGGAAACUCUAAUGAGUGAAGGUGGAAAAAUUGUUGAUUAUCAUGGAGCUGAUUUCUUUCCAGAAAGAUGGUUUGAUAUUGUAUUUGUAUUGAGAACUGACAAUACAAUUUUAUAUGAUCGUUUAAGAGACAGAGGUUACACAGGGAAGAAACUAGAAGAUAACAUAGACUGUGAAAUAUUUCAAACUAUUCUUGAAGAGGCUAAAUCAGCUUAUAGAGAAGAGAUAGUCCAUGAAUUGAGAAGUAACAAUUUAAGUCAAAUUACAGAAAAUGUAAAUAGAAUAUGCCAAUGGAUUGAACAGUGGAAAAUAGAUAAUCAGCAAGAAUAAUUUAACUACUUAAA